AUUGCCCCGAAAUUGCACACCAGCUGCUAUAAAAUUAAAUCCUCAACCCCUCUCUCUCACAGACGGCGAGAAUGAAAGACAACUUAGUUUUGUAUCCCUCUCCGGGGAUCGGCCAUCUUGUGUCGACGGUGGAACUAGGAAGGCUCAUACUCAAAGAAUAUCCAUCUUUCUCCGUCACUAUUCUCAUCACUCCCCCACCUUUCAACACAGGUUCCACGGGUCCUUACAUCACCCGCAUCUCUGCUACUACCCCAUCCAUUUCCUUCCACCACCUCCCUCCCAUCCCAAUCUCUCCUGAAUCCAUUUCCUCUCCCCAUUUUGAAGCCAUCAUCUUUGAGGUCUCUCGCCGGAACAACCCGAAUGUCCACCAAGCACUCCUCACCAUCUCCCAAUCCUCUACCAUCCGAGCCUUGAUCAUCGACACGUUUUGUUCUCCUGCUCGUGAUGUUGCAGCUUCUUUAAACAUUCCUGUUUACAACUUCUUCACAUCGGGAGCCACCACCCUUUCUGUCAUGCUCUACUUCCCAACAAUCCAUAAGAACACCACAAAAAGCUUCAAAGAUCUAGGUUCCACCAUUCUUGACAUUCCUGGCACGCCACCCAUCCCUGCAAAAGACAUGGUCAAGCCCCUUCUCGAUCGAAAUGACGAGGCCUAUCAGGGCUUCUUAGAAUUUUACUCUAGAAUGCCCGAAUCGAAGGGAAUUCUCAUAAAUACAUUUGAAUCAUUACAGCCCAGGGCUUUGAAGGCGCUGUCCGCCGGGUUAUGCCUUCCCGAUAGUCCUACACCACCGAUUUACUGCGUCGGCCCUAUCAUCACGGCAGAUGAUCGAACAGGUGGUGAGCAUGGUGAGAUACACGAGUGCCUGACUUGGCUCGAUUCCCAGCCGAGCCGGAGCGUCGUGUUCCUCUGCUUCGGAAGCUUAGGACUAUUCUCUGCAGCACAGUUGAAGGAGAUAGCAAUUGGUUUGGAGAAGAGUGGGCAAAGGUUCCUGUGGGUGGUGCGUAAUCCACCCACCGAGGACAAAAGCUGGCGUCAUUUAGUACCGCCGGAGCCAGAUUUGGAUGCUUUGCUGCCGGAAGGUUUCUUGGAACGGACGAAAGACAGAGGGUUCGUUGUAAAGUUGUGGGCCCCACAGAUGGAGGUGUUAAAUCGGGAAUCUGUUGGUGGGUUUGUGACUCACUGUGGUUGGAACUCGGUGUUGGAAGGGGUGUGUGCAGGAGUUCCCAUGAUUGCAUGGCCACUCUAUGCAGAGCAACGGCUGAAUCGGAUAUUUUUGGUGGAGGAGGCGAAACUCGCCAUUCCCAUGAACGAGUCAGAAGAUGGGUUUGUGAGUGCUGCCGAGGUUGAAAAGCGAGUGAGAGAAUUGAUGGAAUCGGAUGAAGGGAAAGCUCUUAGAGAGCGUACCAUGGCCUUGAGAGAUGCCGCUGUGGCCGCGACAAGUGAGGGCGGCUCAUCCCGGGCUGCAUUCUCUGAGGUAGCCGAGUUAUGGAAAUCGUCUAGUUAAUUAAGUUGCAAUUUUUUCUCCUCUUUCCUCUUGGAAUUCUCUCUCCCCCCCCCAACCCUCUUACACACACACACACAAAAUGGCUAAUUAUUAGCAAAACCUUUACUUUGUCUUGGAAAUAAUGGUUUUCUUCUUAUAUCUCAUGUUCCUAAAUUUUAAAUCAUUAUAGUAUGACUCUCAAAUAUAUAGAUAUUUAUUCUCUAAGGUUCUAA